AUGGACGGAAACGAACGCAGCGGCAAAGUCAACAAAGCAGAUGACCGUUGGUUGUUGUUAACUAUGUCGGGAUUCAAGGAUCCGUCUCAGUGUGAAUAUCCGACCCACACAUCAACGCCCAACGUAAAAUCCGGUUUGGUUGGGCUGCGUCCUAGAAUCACACACGGACUGGAACCGCCUGAGAAGAACAAAUGCGAAGAUGUUCGCAGCGACUUCGCAGCCGCGGUAGUUCUCGAAACCAGUUUUAUCUCCCUUCUGGUAGGCAAGCAUAAGGAUACCAGAACUCCCGUACUCAGGAACGGCCUCGUCUGUCCACGCUUGUCCAAUCACCUCAUAGAGCCAAAGCACCAGAGUGUCGACACAAGACCUGUAGACUUCAGCGGGUAUACAGUCCUCUCCAGGUGCCUUAAUGUUGUACAGCCUUUGAUGGCAUCAGCGAUUCCUCCUUCAGGAGGCGGGGCGCAUGAUACUGGAUAG